CCCUUUUUUUCCUUUGGCAGCUGCUGUUUCUUGCUUUUGCUUUUGGAAGUACAGGAGCUCGAGUCUAUGGAUUCAAAACCUUAUGUCCGACUUUCUGCAACACAAGGGACACCAGGUAAUCUCGCUCUUUUGAGCUCAUCUUCACUCGCAGGUUCUCUUCCUAUCCGAGCUCCUCCUACUCCUGAUUCUGAUUCUGACUCUGAUUCUGAAUUCAACGGUCAUGAUUCGGGUUAUAGCAGUAGUUGUAAUAUUAGCAGUAUUGGUUGUGAGAGUGGGUCUGAAUCUGAGGCCUUUGUGACUGGGGAGGAGUUUGAAACGGCGUCGGAGAGGCCAUUGGUGGCAGACCCAGAUGAGGAAGCUCUUCAACGGAGUGACUCUGUUGGAAAAUAUGAGCUUUCUUGGCCUUCUGUGGCCUACCCAGAUGAGUUUGAACCUGUUUUCGAGAAAGUUAUGGUGGAUGAUGCAAUUUCAGAGAGGGUUAUGCCCAUUGCCCAGUUGUCAUGGGAGAGUGAUGAUAAUGAUGUGGUGGAUAGUGAAGAGGUUUUGAGUGAAGUGGAAAAUGGUGAUUUUGUGGGUCAGGUUAAGGUUCCUGGUAAUGGGUUUGUGGAGAAGCUUAGUAUUGCGCCGAGAGUUAAGGUUUCUGAGGUUGAAGAAGGAGAAGAAGAUGAGACAGUGAAGUGGGAAGAGCCUUUGGUAGUUGAACAAUCUGAACCUGCCAUAGAGGUAAAGAAUGUUGAAGGUGUUGAGGGUGAUUUGAGUAAUUUUGGCAAAGGUCAAAAUGGAGAUUCUGUUCAAGCUGAAUGGAUUGAAGAUAAUGGUCUUGCUAUGACAGAGACAAAUGAAGCAAAUGCUGAGGAGUUGAGCAUUAAUGUAUUUGAAGAAGAGGAGAAAGCAAAGUAUGUGGCAGAAGAAUCCUUUGUGCAUUGCCCAAAUAGCGAAAGGAAUGGCGUUGAUUUAGGCGUCAAGUGGAGCGAAAAUCAGACUUUGUGUUUGGAAAAUUGUGAUUUAUCUGAGCUUACUAAGGAUGAGGAAUUUGAAAAUGCACUGUGUAGUGAUUUGCUUAAAUCAAUCACGCUGAACUCACUAUCUGUUACUCUCUUAUGCGAGAAUGUGGCAGAAAACGCUGGUGCUGUGAAAUUUCAAGGCGAUACAAUAUAUGGAGCCAAAGUGGAAGUGUCUCUCAAGGAGAAGGAUGUCCCUGCGGAGAAGGAUGUCCCUGCAGAGAAAGAACCAACCAGCUUGGUUCUGCUUGGGGAAAAUAUUAGUAUCACACCUGGAGUUAUGGUAGUUGAAGAAGGAGAAGAAUACGGGCCAGUGCUGCGGAAAGAGUCCUUGGUCAUUAAACAGUCUGAACCUUCCAUAGAGCUAAACUGUGUAGAGUGUUCAGACUUUAAAGGCCAAAACGGGGAUUCUAUUCAAGCUGAAAUGAUUGAAGAUAAUGAUCUUGCUGCUGCAGAGAUCAAUGACAACUUCAAUGUAUGGGAAGGAGGGGAGAAAGCCAAGUAUGUGGCAGAAGAAUCCAUUGUGCAUUGUCCAAAUAACAAAAGGGAUGGUGUUGAUACUAGCAGAAGUUCUGAGGCACUGGAAAAAAGAAUGCAUUCGGGAACUGAUUUUGGUGUUGAGAAGAAUGAAAAUCAAAUUCAGGAAAUCGUGUAUUUGGAUGAGAAUGUGGCCACCGGACUCAAGAUUGAGGAUCAAAUGGCUAUUGGGAAGCACUUGGUUUUGGCUGGAAGGGCUGGAGCUCUGCAGUUUAAAGGUGAAACAGCACAUGGAGCCAAAUUGGAAGUGCGUCUCAAGAAUAAGGAUUGCCCUAGAAGGCAGGACCAAACUGGCUUGGGUUUGUCUCUGAUGAAGUGGGGAGGUGGUCUUGUUCUGACAGCCGAUAUACUAUCUCUGUUCUCUGUUGGAGGUUCUAAAAUGGCUGUUCAUGUUGUAUUGAGCAACAAGCAAAGGGGUCAGAUUGCCAUAAGGACAAGCAACUCGGACAAAUUCCAAAGUGCACUUGUCGGUAUUCUUUCAUUUGCAGCUUCAAUCUUUGGGAUUUUCCGUCCUAGAUUUGGUGUUCAAAACUCGACAUAAUAGGUGUAAUUUUCCUUUUGAUGUUGGUUGAUAGUCAAGUUUUGAUGGUGUAAAGGAUAGUGUACAUAAGCCUAUCCCUGUUGGUUUGUCAGUCCAGUUUUAAUAUGCAAGACUUUGAAUCCCUCUC